CUCUUCCUCCUGCUGCCAUGCCUCUCUCCCUUUGGCUGGCUCUCCUCCUGGGCUUCAGGGCAUCGCGGGGCCAGCAAGCUCCAGAAUGUCAUCCUGCUGGUCAUCAGAUCCUUCAUAGUCCAUACCGAAGUGCAGAAUUUGAUUCAUCGCAACUUCAGCAAUCAGCUAUUCAAGACUUAAUAUGUGACCAUUCACUGGCAUCAGGGUGGUACCGCUUCCUAAUAUUUGAUAAACAGGCUGAAAUGCCAACCAAGUGCGUGGAGAUGAAUCGCUGCGGAACACAGGCCCCAAUCUGGUUGUCGCUAGGAGAGUCAGAAUCAAUGCCUCGACCUGGUGAGAUGAAACACUUAACAGCCUGUGCAACUUGGCAGUUUGUCUUCAGUGCCACGAAGGACUGCUGCCUUUUUCGGAUUCCAGUUAGUGUGAGAAACUGUGGAGAUUUCUUUGUAUACUUGCUCCAACCUACGCAAGGGUGCAUGGGAUAUUGCGCAGAAGUUAUUUCAGGUGCAAAUCAGCAUGCCUGCCAGUCUGGGGAUGCAGAAACUGGAACCAUCUGCAGCAAUAAAUUGCCUCCUUCUGCAUUGCCACUUCCUUUGCCACCUCCUCCAAGCACACCUGACAUUGUGGCAGAAUUACAUGAUAGCAGCAUUUUCCUAAGGUGCACCUUUGAUGUUCCAACUGCAAACAUCUCUAUGGGUUUUAUUGUGGCUUGGUCCAGACUGUCUCCUGAAGGCAUCAAAGAAGAACUGAAACAAGAGACAACAGUUCAGGCUUCCUCGCUUUUAGAACUGGAUGGCAUAAACCUCAGACUUGGAGAUAGGAUUUACUGUAGCAGUUAUGCCUUUUCCUUAGAGAAGCCAGAGAUGCAGAGUGCCCUCUCUGAAAGCAUGGAAUUUUUUGCAGGAAUUAAGCUUCAUCCUGAGACAUUUACUAUAUCAGAAGAUGGAAAGGAAUACAGACUAGCAAUAGAGAGCAAAAUUCCCAUUCCUUGUCCUCAAGCUAGUCAUCUGGAAAAUGAUUGUAAAAUCUCAUUAAAAUUAAGUACAAUAGAAGAAGAAAAAGAUCUGGAGGUCUUAAAUGUGGCUCUGUCUUCUUGCCGUGUGGAUCUUCCUCAUCAACCCUGCUUCAAUGGAACAUGUAGCCAGACCAGUGUCCAUUAUACUGCUGUGAGCGAUUUCACUCAAGAUGGCAACCGAAGAACCAAGAUUGUGGUGGAGCCUAUCAUUAGUAACAAUUUCCUUUGGAAUGGCUAUGCACCAGGGAGCAUUCAGGUUACUGUGAAGGAUCUUCCUUUUUCUUAUUGCUACUCUUUUACGGACCCACACAUCAUUACCUUUGAUGGCAGGAUGUAUGACAAUUUUAAAACAGGAACAUUUGUGCUCUACAGAAGUGCUGCCCGUGAUUUUGAAGUCCACGUGCGCCAGUGGGACUGUGGAAGCCUUUAUUACCCAGCAUCAUGUAACUGUGGGUUUGUUGCCAGAGAAGGGGCUGAUACAAUAGCAUUUGAUAUGUGCAGCGGCCAGCUGCAUGAUUCACAGCCACACUUAUCUGUAAAAAGCAGAGACCCAGCAGACAACAAUGUCAGGAUCACUGAAUCAUAUUUAGGAAGAAAAGUCACGAUCUUAUUUUCAUCUGGAGCUUUUAUUCGAGCUGAUGUGAGUGAAUGGGGAAUGAGUCUAACCCUCAGAGCCCCCAGUUCUGAUUAUAAACAUACAUUGGGACUUUGUGGAACGUUUGAUGGCAUUGCAGAGAAUGAUUACCAUGAUAUGGAUGGAAAAGAAAUCAACAGAGGAGAGGAUGCUCAUCUGUCUUUUAUUAGUGAGUGGAGGAUUUUGCCAGGGCAGAGCCUCUUUGACAAAUCCCCAGCUCCCUCAAAUGCAGCCAAGAAAGCACUUUUCUGUAGCUGUAGUGCUGGUGGUGUGGGAGUGGAACAGCCGACAAAUAAACUGAAUCCUGUUUCUGAAGCAGAAUUUGCUUUAUCUUGCAAAAGAAGUGAGAAGAAUGUAUGGCUUCCUUCCUUGAUCCCAGAACUGGAUGUUACAGCUGAAUAUAUUAGCUCAGUUGAUCAUAUCAGGGGCUUAAGGAAACGUGCAGCUGUGCUCAAAGAAGCUUCUUCUACUGUUCCCUCCAGAGAGGAGCACUCUCAUAAUCAAACACCUCUUCAGACAGCUCCCCCAGCUUACCCUGUUAUCUUUCCAAACUCAAAGGCAGGCAUUACAACAGAUAAACUACCUCUUGGGAGCUUGGGAGCACACAGAUAUGCUGACAUUUAUGGCAGCCAGAAGCAGCACACAAGACAUAAUAUCAGAGAACGUACAAAGCGCCAACAGUAUUAUGAGUACCUUUCGGUAUUUCCAUCCCAGAGUUUAAGCCAAUCAGAUCUUGAUGGAUUUAGCUAUUUCUUUCCAGAAGAUCACACAACUGGCAUGCAUCAGGAACUCCUGGCUUCCUGGCCCACACCUUCUGGCCUCACUGAGUCUGAUGUGCUGGCUCUUUGUUGGGAGACAGUAGCCAAUUCCAGCAUAGGUACAGCUUGUAAAGCUUUCCUUGGCCAACGGACGGAGGAUGCAGUGUUCAUGUGUGUCAAGGAUCUACAACUGAAGGAUGAUCUCAGCUGGGCAAAGGCCAGUUUGGCCCUGCUGGAAAAUGAGUGUGAAAGAAGAAUUUUGGAAGAAGUGAAUUACCACACCAAGGAAAAUGAGGGAUUAAUGGAGAAUGUGAUUUUAGCAUUGAAAUGCCCCAACUUCUGCAGUGGGAGAGGUCAUUGUGUUGAAUGGGGCUGUGCUUGUUUUCAAGGUUUCAGUUCUUAUGACUGCAGUGUGUCAUCUGACCAGGUUCCAGAAAUUAUAGAGCUGGAUCAUGGAGGAUUAUGUGAUGUUCGAUUGUAUGACUGCUCAACUGUAAGAGCUUUUGGACAUGGGUUCACAGAGACACCUAACCUCAGAUGUGAAAUUAACAAAUUGCAGUACAGUGAUAACAAAUGGAUGUUUGGGGAAUCUGUAUUCAUCCAUGCUGUCUUCCGCAACGGUAGGACUGUUGAUUGCCAACUACCCACCGAAGGAGACCAGUCUGAUGCUGUAGAUCUGGGAGAUGACCAGCCCAUCGCUAGAUGGCAAAUCAAGAUUUCUAAUGAUGGGCUCACUUACAGCAAUCCUAAAACAGUGACUUUAUUUGAUGGAGCAUGUCAGAUAUGUGACCCACAAUCAAAUGGGUUAUGCAUAUUAAAGGAGAAAACUUGCAACAUAGAUGGACUUUGUUAUGGUGAAGGUGACACAAAUCCUACCAGUUCCUGUUUACUUUGCAGACCUGAAGUAUCAAGGUUAACUUGGUCAAUUUCUGAAAACAACCAGCCUCCUGUAUUCCAAAACAUACAAGAAAGGCUGCAAGCAUUUUAUGGAGAGCAUUUUGUAUAUCAGUUCAGAGCAAUGGAUCCAGAAGGCUCCGCUGUUGCUUUCUCCUUGGAUUCUGGCCCCCCAGGUGCCAAUCUUUCCCCUGCUGGACUCCUCAUCUGGAAGGCAUUGUCAAAAAAUGCUGAGAAAUUUGCCUUUUCUAUAACUGAUGACUGCAGUGCUGAAACUAAAAUAGUAAUAGAGGUCAACACAAAACCAUGUGACUGUUUAAAUGGUGGGUCUUGUGUGACAAAUACCAAUUUCCCCCCUGGAAGAGGGAAAUAUCUGUGUGUCUGCUUGCCAGGAUUUGAAGGUGACCUUUGUCAAGUGAACACUGAUAACUGCGCAUCCAGUCCCUGUGGCCAUGGCAGAUGUUUUGAUGGGAUAAAUAGCUUCCGCUGUGAAUGUACACCAGGGCUGCAGGGCAGACAUUGUCAAGAAGAUAUAGAUGAGUGCAAAUCCAUGCCAUGCUUCCCUGGAGUAACUUGUUUUAAUACAGUGGAAUCCUAUUCUUGUGGCCCAUGUCCAGAAGGCAUGUAUGGAGAUGGGAAAACCUGCCAUGUUGAAAUUAAAUCAACAAGUGCAACUCUGUUCUAUCCUUCAACAUCAGGAGAUGGAUAUAGCCAAAAUGAAGAUCAAUAUGAUGAAACUAAAAUAAAAGUGGGGGAAAGGCACAGUACUGAUGAAAAAAACAGAAUUGCUGGUGCUCAUACUGGUGAAAAUGUUUCUGGUUUUGUGCAACAGUCAGCUGCUCAGGUUCCAAACAUUACAAACCUUCCUCCUAAUCCUGCAGAUGUUCCCCAAAGAUUUGUUCCCACAGAAAGAGCCAACAGCAUUCCACUGAUUUCUGCAGCUGAAACAACGGAAUCUUCAAAUGUAUUCUUUUCACAGAGAACAGCUUUUGGAAAGGCUGUCAGUAGUAAAUUUCCUGAUUAUGCAUUUGGUAUCAAUACAGUGAAUGUCCAUUCUGUCAAUGCAAGGGAAGACUUACCAGUAAACUCUACAUCUGACACGUUGCUUAGGAAUAACACAAUCUCUUUUAGGAAGACAACAAAGACGCAAGACCCAACCUCUUUUCCACUUGAGACCAGCAUUACAUUGAGCAGCAGAGCUAACAUGAUCAAUGGGACAUGGUUUGCAAAGAAUGAACUGGGAGAAAGAAGUGACCACAGAUUUCAAAGCUCCUUCAGCAAACAUAAAGAUAAUACUGUACCAUCCACCUUUGAGAGAUAUGUUAUGCUACCUAAAGGUCCAGGCACACAUAAAAAGUUAAUCUCAACUGCUGUGCCACGAUUAUUAACCUGUGCAGAUUCACCCUGUUUCCCUGGAGUUCCUUGUAAACCAAGCGAAAAGGGAAAUUUCAAAUGUGGUCGUUGUCCUUUCGGUUAUUAUGGAGAUGGUACUGUUUGUAAAGCAAUAUGCAGGCACACAUGUGGUCAAAACAUGGAAUGUGUAGCUCCCAAUACUUGCAGAUGUAAGCUUGGUUACUCUGGUCGUAGUUGUCAGGCAGCUUUGUGUCAACCAGAAUGCAAAAACCGUGGGAAGUGCAUCAAGCCCAAUCUAUGUGAAUGUCUCCCUGGGUUCACUGGCUCCAUCUGUGAGGAAGCACAUUGUGACCCACCUUGCCUACAUGGAGGGACAUGUCUUUCUAGAAACCUCUGCACUUGCCCCUAUGGAUUUGUUGGUCCACGAUGUGAAACAAUGGUUUGCAACAGACACUGUGAAAAUGGGGGUGAAUGUCUUACUCCAGACGUCUGCCAAUGUAGAGUUGGCUGGUAUGGACCUACCUGUAGUACAGCAGUGUGUGAUCCAGUGUGUCUCAACGGAGGAUCCUGUAUUAAACCAAAUACAUGUCUUUGCCCACAUGGAUUUUUUGGUGGCUCUUGUCAGAAUGCUGUCUGCAGUCCUCCUUGUAAGAAUGGUGGCCACUGUAUGAGAAACAAUGUUUGCACCUGCCCUGAUGGGUAUAUUGGCAGGAGGUGUGAAAAAAGUAUCUGUGACCCUGUAUGCAUGAAUGGAGGGAGAUGUGUGGGCCCAAAUAUUUGUUCUUGCCCAUCUGGGUGGAGAGGCAAAAGAUGCAACACCCCUAUAUGCCUUCAGAAGUGCAAGAAUGGAGGAGAAUGCAUUGGACCAGGUACCUGCCAUUGCCAUCCAGGUUGGGAAGGAGUUCAGUGUCAAAAACCUGUAUGUAACCGAAAGUGUCUCUAUGGAGGCACAUGCAUACUUCCAAAUGUAUGCGCUUGUCGUCCUGGUUAUAGUGGAGUCAUCUGUGGGAAAAGAAUUCAGGGACAAGGACAACGAGCUUGAAGAACAAAUCUCUCUGGAUUACAUAUUCAACUCGCAUGGACUACAGGGUUCUUGGAUAUGGACAGAUUCUUUCAGGGCACUUUUUUCAUAAAAAGGCAUAACCAAGCCCAUUCCAUAUGCAGAACAUAGAUGUGCUGUAAAUAGAGAUGCAUCCCUGUUUAUAACUGGUUUGAGUAGCUACGUGGGGCACAUUACUGCUGCAAAUUGCCCAGCCAUUCAUAUUGAGCUUUCUUGACUCUCACCUGUAAACAUCCCAGUGCCCUGUUUCCAUUUACUGCACAGGUGAGCAAAUGAAACCUGCAGGCUAUGGCUCUCCCAGGACCCUCACUGCAGUUCUCCAUUAGGGCCCAUCAUUAUCCACCAAACAUGUUUGCCUCCAAGUCACCCCCACAUAACCCUCCAUCCUGAUUUAAGACUUUAACAGUCCCCCCUUUUUUAAAGAAAGAAAAAUGACUAUCAGGCUUCAGGUGUGAAUGAUUUGCAGUGGGGGACAUUUUGUUUCCAGAAUGAUAGCAGAGAUCUGGGGGAGAUGUAGUCUUUCCAAGGUAGAGGGGAGACAAAAAACACUGUAAUUUGUGCCCCAUUGUUUGAGAUUCUUUAAUGCAGCAACAGAAAUGCUUUGCAAAUAAUAUGGCACAAAAAAAACCUGUAUUGCAAGGCUACUCUGAAAAUGUAUGAGUAGAAUUUGAGCUAUUAAUUACUGUAAGGCUUUGCUGAUGAACACAGAGGGAAAUUAUAUAUGGCAUAUGUUUACAGUUGUUCUGAUGGUAUGAAAUAUCACAAACCUUUACCUGUGAUGUUCUGGAUUGGAUUUGAAGUAUCUUUAUGGAAGUACAUUCCAUACAGAAUAAUAAUUGCUCCAUUUUUAUAAGUUGUUACUUUGCAUGGGCAAAUCCUAUGUCUAGCUUUUUGGGGGUAAAAAUGUGAGUACACUAAGAGAUCUGAUAAAAUAUGUUUUAAAAUUAAAAUGCACUGUAUAUGUUGUAAAAGUAUGUCAUGUUACCUUGAAGGCUCAAGGAAAGGUCACACUGCAUAUUACACUAAAUGUGUAGUGUGCAUCUGCUGUGCCAUUUUGUAUUUAAUAAAUUAGAGGUGCAGAGGCAGGUGAUCAUUUCUUCUAUCCCAUGCUACAUAUUAAGCAUAACAGGUGACAUGACCUUGAGACUUCAAAAAAUUGCGUUGCAUUUGAAAUGCUCUUGAAAGAGACGAGAAGGCACUUAUAUCCAAAAUAGUGCUUAUUUCUGGUGGGAAGCAGGGCUGAACUAUGUUUUUACCAGUAAGACUGAUUCUGUGUUCUA